UAUGCAAAUAGUUUUUUUAAAUUUCAAUUCAAUUGAAUGAGCUAAGAAGAACGAUUCCGGUUUACGCAUUUGUUAUUUUGCCAAUACUUUAACAAUAACUAUUAAAAUCCUAAAUUGAAUGUUGAACAAUAAACGCCAGCAGUUGUGCCGACUGCGAUAGCGACAUCAACAACUGCGUCAACGUCAGCGUCAACGUCAGCUGCGACGUCGACGUCGGCGUAGACUGCAGCUUAAAACCAUACGCACCACCGAGGAGGCCUUUCAAUUUUCAAAGUGCGUUCGUGGAGGCAACAAGUGUGAGAAACACAGAAAUCUGAGAUAUUUUGAAGAAGUAAAAGAAGAAGAAAUUGAAACACGCGAAACGAGUAAUCACAAUAAAUGAGAAUCACGAGUAAAUAAGGAAACGAGAUAACAAGAUAACAAAAAGAAAAAAUUCAAUUUCCAAGCACUUAAAAUAAAACUUGAUUUGUUUAUAAAAUAAACAAAACGACAACAGGUACCAGAGAUACAAUAUACAAGAUACAUUUAAACCAGCGGCUGCUGCUGAUUAUAUAACUUUGCUUAUCAACUAUAACAACAAAAAGAAAACUAAGAACCAGUGCAACAGUAGAAUGACUGGCUAUAAUAUCAAAGGUGAAGUGGCCAACAGCAAUGGCAAUCACAACAACAACAACAACAACAGCAACGGAAACAGCAAUGGACACAAUAAAAACGUCGAAAUCACCGCACAGGAGAAUCAUUCCGACAACCGAGUUCAAUGCUUUCUAACACCCGAGGAGCUGCGAGCUCUACGCGUAUUGAAUGAAGAAACGUAUCCUUAUGAGGUGAUUAAGGAGAUUGCCGACUUCAUUGUGGAAGGUGCUGGCAUCCGUCCCAAAAUUGGCAUCAUUUGCGGCUCUGGACUUGGUUCCCUAGCGGAUAUGAUUCAGGAUGCGAAGGUCUUUGAGUACGAGAAGAUUCCCAACUUUCCAGUGUCCACCGUGGAAGGUCAUGCAGGAAAACUGGUCGUUGGCACACUGGAGGGAGCUAAUGUGAUGGCGAUGCAGGGUCGCUUCCAUUUCUAUGAGGGAUAUCCUUUGGGAAAGUGCUCGAUGCCGGUGCGCGUGAUGAAGCUUUGUGGAGUGGAGUAUCUGUUUGUCACGAAUGCCGCUGGUGGCAUCAAUCCGAAGUUCAAUGCGGGCGAUAUUAUGUUAAUUCACGACCAUAUUAAUAUGCUCGGCUUUGCCGGCAAUUCACCGCUCUUAGGCCCGAAUGAUCCUCGCUUUGGACCUCGUUUCCCCGCCCUGGUCAACUCGUACAACAAGGAUUUGAUCGAUAAGGCACUCGAGAUUGGCAAAACAAUGGGCAUCGGGUCGAAUAUGCACGUCGGUGUCUUCACCUGUCUUGGUGGUCCAAAUUACGAGACAAUCGCCGAGCUGAGAGCUCUCCGUGUUAUGGGAGUCGAUGCGGUGGGCAUGUCCACAGUCCACGAGGUGAUCACAGCCCGCCACUGCGACAUGCAAGUGUUCGCCUUCAGUUUGAUCACCAACAAAUGCUCCACCGAAUACAGCGCCAAGAAGGACGAGGAGGCCAACCACGAAGAGGUCAUGGCCGUAGCCAAAAACCGUCAAAAAGAUUGCUGUGAACUCGUCGCACGCCUUAUUGGAGAAAUCCAAAAAAGCUCGUAAUUCAGAUAGGAUAAUCCUGGAAUAGUUUUGCGUUCACUUGGUUGUUUAAUUUAGAUAAAAAAUUAGAUAUCGUUUUCAAAAUGUGCAGUAUAAGCUAAUUCAUAGAAAUAAUUUAAUUUAAGAAUUAUAAAUAAAUGUUUUAGUGAAUACAAUUUGA